GAAGCUGUUAAACUGUGUGACAGCUAUGAAAUUCGCCCUGGUAAACACCUUGGAGUGUGCAUUUCUGUGGCAAACAACAGGCUUUUUGUUGGAUCAAUUCCGAAGAAUAAGACUAAAGAAAACAUUCUGGAAGAAUUCAGUAAAGUCACAGGUUUAACAGAGGGUUUGGUGGACGUUAUUCUCUAUCAUCAACCCGAUGACAAAAAGAAGAAUCAGGGGUUCUGCUUCCUUGAGUAUGAGGAUCACAAGUCA